CGUAUAUGCGGGUGUGUAUGUCGCGCGUACGAAUACAAACACUUGGACAUCUGACAGACCAUCCUGCCGAAAAGCUAUGACAAUAGUAUGAAAAAUCAGCAAUCUUAUCUUAAGUGCAACUGCAAUUGAUUAUCUAAAGAAGAUACCGGACCUCGCCUGUCUCGGAGUGCCUCCAUGCAUGAGUGUAGAAGUGAGCUUAGAGCGGAGGGUCGACUUACUUAACGACGUAAAGUUCUCCCUCUACUUGUGGAAAAAACUGUAAUAAGGUCAACCUCAAUGAAACAUUCUUAUCAAAUGAUACUGGGGAAUCUUUAAUCUAAAUGGAGGUGGACCUUGCGAGGAGGCUGUGGUCUGCUGUAAGGCAGGGCGAUGUAGAAGCUGCCAGGAAGUGCCUCGAUUCGGGAGCAGAUGUUGCAAUUAAAGACGAAUCUGGAGACACUCCUCUCCACCACGUCUCAAAGCAUGGCAGCUUGCCGAUGGCCAAAGUCCUCUUGGAUGCCGGGGCUAACCCAGACGCUGCCAAUGACAGUCUGCAAACGCCACUCCAGUAUGCAUCAGAAAGAGGCAAAGUGGAUAUGAUUAGACUCCUUUUUGAAAGCAAGGGUCUCACACCUGUCCAGACUGCCUCAACUUGCAAGCAGAGACCAAAGACGGCUCUCCCUUUACUUAAGGAAAAAACUGUCUGUAACAAGGACAACCUCAAUGAAACAUUCUUAUCAAAUGAUACUGGGGAGUUUUCAACCAAAAUGGAGGUGGACCUUGCGAGGAGGCUGUGGUCUGCUGUAAGGCAGGGCGAUGUAGAAGCUGCCAGGAAGUGCCUCGAUUCGGGAGCAGAUGUUGCAAUUAAAGACGAAUCUGGAGACACUCCUCUCCACCACGUCUCAAUGCAUGGAAGCUUGCCGAUGGCCAAAGUCCUCUUGGAUGCCGGGGCUAACCCAGACGCUGCCAAUGAUAGUCUGCAAACGCCACUCCAGUAUGCAUCAGAAAGAGGCAAAGUGAAAAUAACUAGACUCCUUUUUGAAAGCAAGGGUCUCACACCUGUCCAGACUGCCUCAACUUGCGAGCACAGAUCAAAGAUGGUGGACCUUGAGAGAAGGCUGUGGUCUGCUGUAAGGCAGGGCGAUGCAGAAGCUGCCAGGAAGUGCCUCGAUUCGGGAGCAGAUGUUGCAAUUAAAGACGAAUCUGGAGACACUCCUCUCCACUACGUCUCAAAGCAUGGCAGCUUGCCGAUGGCCAAAGUCCUCUUGGAUGCCGGGGCUAACCCAGACGCUGCCAAUGACAGUCUGCAAACGCCACUCCAGUAUGCAUCAGAAAGAGGCAAAGUGGAAAUGAUUAGACUCCUUUUCGAAAGCAAGGGUCUCACACCUGUCCAGACUGCCUCAACUUACAAUCACAGACCAAAGACGGUUCUACGUCUGCAUCUGGAAAAAAAUCUUUGUAAGAAGGUCAACCUCAAUGAAACAUUCUUAUCAAAUGAUACUGAGGAGUUUUCAACCAAAAUGAAGGUGGACCAUCCGAGAAGGCCGUGGUCUGCUGUAAGGCAGGGCGAUGCCGAGGCUGCCAGGAAGUGCCUCGAUUCGGGAGCAGAUGUUGCAAUUAAAGACGAAUCUGGAGACACUCCUCUCCACCACGUCUCAAUGCAUGGAAGCUUGCCGAUGGCCAAAGUCCUCUUGGAUGCCGGGGCUAACCCAGACGCUGCCAAUGAUAGUCUGCAAACGCCACUCCAGUAUGCAUCAGAAAGUGGCAAAGUGAAAAUAACUAAACUCCUUUUUGAAAGCAAGGGUCUCACACCUUUCCAGACUGCCUCAACUUACAAGCAGAGACCAAAGACGGUGAGCAAGAAUUUAAUCACGAACGAUCAAACGAUCAAGAGUACCCAAAUACCAGGUGCAUUGGAUUCUGUUUCUGAAGCUCUUUCAGUAUGUGUAUUGAAAGUAGUUGAACUGUUAGAAUUAAUUAUCGGGUUUGGUACAACCAGUGACUUGCCCACACAUCAUUUGUCUGCUGCCCGGGGCAGCCCUGAAGGGGUUGAUUUACCCUUUGAAAAGAGUAUAGACCCUGACGCCGAAAACCGAGCACGCGACACGCCGCUCUAUCUUAGCGGGGGAAGGGAAAUCGUUUCUCUGUUGGCAACUGUAGCGAACAUCCCGAAGUCAAGUGCCACGUAUGAGGCUCUUUUAGACUAUGCCAGAAAUGGAGAAAGUAGCCCUGCACUGGAAGCACUGGAUGUUUCUCUUCUGUCCCAAAAAGGGAACACACGGCUUCACAUCGUGUGUUUAGUUGGACAUACUGAAGCAGUGGAUAUUUUAUUGGAAAACGAUGCCAACCCUAACAGUUCCACUGAAUCUGGCCAUACACCUUUACAUUAUGCUUCUCUCGGAGGAUUUACAAAAAUAGUUCAAAGGCUCAUCGACGUGGGAGCAGACGUCAAUGCAGUUGACAGACGUGGUUGUACAGCACUGCACUACGCUGCCUCAGUGGGACACAUUUCAGCUGUGGAAGAACUUGUAAGAUGCGGAGCAGACUUGCAGAUCCUCUCAGACGCCGGAAAAUCUGUUCUCCACUAUGCCUCUUUCUACGGGAGAUUGGAAGUUGUUCAAAGACUGGUUAUUGAGCAUCCCGAUCUCAUCACCUUCCGGGACAAUUUGAAGCUCUCUGCAGAAGACACAGCUCACAUUCGCGGUCAAGUUCAUUCAGCUUGGUGGCUUCACAAGCAAGCCAAGAGAGAUGCUACAUAUAAAGGUUUCCAUGGUUGUAGAAUGGACAUCUGCAAGAGGGAUAUGCUAUUUUCUGGAUCGCUGAGCUUUCAGUGUACCAGUACAAAACAGGAAAAGAAUGCAGGCGUCUUAGCAAGUAGCGUUGACUUCGGUCUGUGCGAGAUCCACUUCCAGGACCAGCAAGGGCGGACGCUCCUCCACGCGGCCGCCGAGCAGAACAACCUUCCCAACAUCAGGAUCCUUUUGGAGCGAGGCGCCCUGCCCACGGCUCUCACCUUCAACGGCAAGACUCCCAGCGACUUGCCC